AUGGCUUUGGCUCUCAGGUUUUUCACAUGCCUUGUUUUGAUGGUGUGCAUAGUUACAUCAGUAAAUGCAGCAAUCUCAUGUGGCACAGUGGCAAGUAGCUUGGCUCCAUGUGCCAACUACCUAACGAACGGCGGGGCGGUACCGGGUCCAUGUUGUGAAGGAGUCACAAAGUUAAACAGUAUGGCUCAAACCACACCGGACCGCCAACAAGCGUGCAAAUGCCUACAAUCCGCUGCAAAGGGAAUUUCUGGUCUCAACCCAAGUCUAGCCUCUAGCCUUCCCGGAAAGUGUGGUGUUAGUAUUCCAUAUCCCAUCUCCAUGAGCACAAACUGCGAGAAGUAA